CUCAGGACACAACGGGGAGGCGGAGGUGGAGAGACGCGGGCGCAGUCGGGGUGGGAGAGGACGAGAUGAGGAGAGACCCCGAACUCCAACCGCGGAAAUUGCGCUGCUGUGCGUCCUGCACGUUUUCUGGAAUAAGGACUUAAAAGACUUUGCAUUUUGCGCCCCCCACCCACCCCCCAACCCCUUUCUCGCUUUCUCUCUCGGUGUCUCAUUCUCCUUUUCCAAAGGAAACACUUGCAUGCAGGAUGUGGAAUAACGCAGGUGAGGAAAGAAGAAAAACACUAUUUGAUGAAGAUUUUUGUAGUGAAAAAUCCGCCGUAGUCCUCGUGGGAUAUUUCUUCACAUUAUCCCCGCACGUUUUGAUUUUUUAAAAAGUCAAACCUUGGCUUCUGAGGAGGAAAAAACUGUCAAAAUGAAUUUCUUUAACAGCUCUAGCCUGGAGGACGGGAUGGAGGCAGAAAACAUCUCCUCUAAUUCCACUUCUCAGAGCGAGUACAGCCAGCUGGCCAUCUGGGGUCUGGCUGGACUGGUCAGCUUCCUCAUUUUGUUUACAAUAGUCGGGAACGUCUUGGUUGUCAUCGCUGUGUUAACAAGCAGAGCACUAAAACCACCCCAGAACCUUUUCCUGGUAUCCCUGGCCAGUGCUGACAUACUGGUGGCCACUCUCGUCAUGCCCUUCUCUCUGGCAAAUGAACUCAUGGGCUACUGGUUUUUUGGUAAAAUCUGGUGUGACAUUUACCUGGCUCUGGACGUUUUAUUCUGCACCUCUUCCAUUGUUCACCUGUGCGCCAUUAGUCUGGACAGGUACUGGUCUGUGACACAGGCUUUAGAGUACAACUUAAAGAGGACACCUAAAAGAGUUAAGGGGAUGAUUGUGGUGGUGUGGUUGAUCUCGGCUGUCAUCUCCUUCCCACCGCUCAUAUCGAUGGACAGGAGCAGCAACGAGGCCAGUCCCCAGUGUAUCCUGAACGACGAGACCUGGUAUAUCCUCUACUCCAGCCUUGGAUCAUUCUUUGCCCCCUGCGUUAUCAUGAUCCUGGUAUAUAUCCGCAUCUACCAGGUGGCAAAGACCAGGACCAGAACAAUGUCAGAGAAGAAGAGGGAUGUGGACUCCCCUCGGGAGAAUGGGAUGGACAAGGCUGAGCCAGGCGGGUCAAUGAAGUCCAACAGGGGCGGGAGCAUGAAGGACCAGGAACGUGAGAACGGGCACUGCCAGGAGCAGGCAGCUCAGUCCCCCCUACCGAACGAGCCGAAGCACGUGUCAACAGACCACGACGAGGACUUUGACGACAGCAGCUCAUCGGAUGAGAAGCCUAAAAAAAAUUCUACUUCCACCAAACAUCACCAGGAAGACAGGAAAGACAGGAAGUCCAGCCGGAAGAGCAGCUCCGCCUCUAAAUACUCCAGCAGAAAGUCGCGUGCCAGUUCCAAGUCCAUGGAGCUGUUCUCGUCUCGCCGCAAACGCAGGAGCACCAUCAACCGAAAGAAAAUCUCUGCCGCCAGGGAAAAGCGCUUCACCUUUGUCCUUGCUGUCGUCAUGGGUGUAUUCGUCUUGUGCUGGUUCCCCUUCUUCUUCUCCUACAGCCUGUACGGCAUCUGCCGGGAGCCGUGCCAGAUCCCGGAGACCCUGUUCAAGUUCUUUUUCUGGAUUGGGUACUGUAACAGCUCUCUAAACCCGGUCAUCUACACCAUCUUCAACCAGGACUUCCGCAGAGCCUUCCAGAAGAUCCUCUGUAAGACAUGGAAACGCUCUUUCUGAGGGAGGCGGGGCUUCCUGCAUGGCUGGAUUUCUAAUAGACAUCUACUCCCUUCAGACGUACUUGAACUGUUCUGAGCUGUGUGAUUAAGUGCUGGCCCGGGGUGCUUCCACACCUUUACUUUCAGGGAUUGCAAUUGAAAUGAAGGGAUGCUUCACGGAUCAAAGUGUCGAAGGUACAGAAAUGGUGUUUAAAGUACAAGGGUAAGUGCUGUGAUCAUUUUCACAGAGGAGGCUUUCAUCAAACGCCAUUCAGGCUGCUAACGGACUCUGAUGUGGGCUGCGCCUCAUUCACUCUCCUCACUGACUAUCUCUCCCCUCGUUUAAUUACAAUGCACUGACUCACAACAGUUGACUGUGAUGCAUGCACACCACAGUGGGCUGCACCCGAGGAACUGCACAGGAGGAGAGUGGUUUACAGAGACACUUAAUUUAUAAUGUGACCUCAUUCACUGACUAUAAUGCGAAGGCCUUGACAAUCUCCUCACAAUCGUUGUGUGAGGUGAGAUAGAGGGAUCACUCUUCUCUCUCCGUCUCCUACUCAGUCUUUCUCUACCUUUCUAUUAUGAUUCAACAUGAGGACCAAUGGGACGAAGGGGCUUCUUGCUUACUGUUUCAGUAGCAAAAAACGUUCUCACAAAAAAAAAAAAUCAUCCUCAAAAACUUCAAAGUUAUAUUUCUGCUUCAGUGUUUUGUGUGAGGCUCAAGUGUCUAAUGUGGGAACUGUGAGGAAAACUUUACAUCGGGACUUGUGUUUCGUUUUUGUGAACUUGGACUGCGUCCGGAUACGGUGGGAUGUACAGUCGAGUGGCGUCUCCAGCAGUUUCCUCUCCAUGGCAUGUGUUUGCACCCUCCUCUCCCCUCUGAGAAAAUAGAUGGAAUACAGGAGUACCCCUGGGACAGAUGUUUAACUGUGUGUGUGCGUGGGCGUGUGUGUGUGUGUGUGUGUGUGUGUGUGUGUGUGUGUGUGUGUGUGUGUGUGUGUGUGUGUGUGUGUGUGUGUUUGUGAAAAGAAAGAAAGGACAAAGUGAAUUACAUAGGAACUGUGUUGUGAUAAAGCGAGACAAGAGAGUUAACCGCAUCUUAUCCCAACUGCCAGUUAGUGAUUAGUGUGUGUGUGUGUGUGUGUGUGUGUGUGUGUGUGUGUGUGUGUGUGUGUGUGUGUGUGUGUGUGUGUGUGUGUGUGUGUGUGUGAGCCUGAUUCUCCCUGGUCAAGUGUCUUUCUCUUCUCCUCCAUCCUAUUUUCUGUCACAUGUCCUUUCUCUCCCUUAAGCACUUAGCCACAGAAAAAGCCAAACACCUUAUUGCUCUGUUUUGUUGUCUGCUGCUUGCACACACAGGGACACACACGCACAUUGGUAUUAUAUCCAUAAAGACUUAAAAAUGACUUAUACAGUCAAUAUUUUCAUCUUUACAUUUCAAGCAUUUACAGCCAGAAGGGCUAAUGCUUUUUUUCCUUGUGUAAAUAAGUGAGAACACUACAGUAUUAUUGUGUAAUAAUGAUACACACGUAUCAAUAUGAUAAAAAUGUAUUGUUUGUAUAAUGAACAACGCUCUGAAGGGUUUUCAUGUGACACCGACCUCUGUCCUUUUCUAAAAGAACAAGUGUUUUCUUCUCUGCUUUGAGCACAUUGGAAAAGAUCAAAUAAAGAGAUUACUGCUUU